AUGGUCAAACGAAGGUUACAAAUCGCUCUCAAAGUCCCAGUCGAAGAGAUUUCUUUAACUGUUGGAGAUAUGAUCUUGAAAAAUGAAUUUAGCGCCAUUCGUAACGAUUACCCUCUUCUCCUAACAAGAAACUUAAUCCACAAAAUCUCUUCAAGUCCAUGUCUUUCUCCUUUAGGUAGAGACAUCCAACAGAGAGAUAGAUCUAGACCCAUUGAGAUCUUGGGGCAUUCUAGUAACUUCACAAAAAAUAAAGAACUCGUGAAGGAGAUUGGAAUCACGUUAAAGAAAGGAAUCGAACCGAUUCCAAUUCAUGGUGGACUUGGUGGUGCUUAG